AUGGGUAUUUUUCUCAGUCGAAUGUACGAAGUUUUAUCUUCAUUUACUAGUGAAGAACCAGCACGAAUUUUAAUGCUUGGUCUUGAUGCUGCUGGUAAAACAACAAUUUUGUACAAACUUAAACUUGACGAAAAUCUUCAAACAAUUCCAACCCUUGGAUUUAAUGUUGAACAAGUCAGUCCAUGUCCUGGUGUGUCGUUCACUGUUUGGGAUAUCGGUGGUCAAGAACUAAUUCGUAAACUAUGGCAACAUUACUAUCAGAAUUCGGAUGGUUUAAUCUUCGUUAUUGAUAGCUGUGAUGCUGAACGAAUGAAUGAAGCUCGUGAAGAACUUCAUGGUAUUCUCUCGUCACCAGCUAUGUCUAAUAUACCUGUUGUAAUCCUCGCUAACAAACAAGAUUUAUCAACGGCAUUGAAGCCUGCAGAUAUUAUUGAAAAGUUGAAUAUGAAUUCACUACGUGGUAAACACAAGUGGUUUAUUCAAGCAACAUGUGCAACAAGUGGAGAUGGUCUCGUCGAAGGAAUGCUCGAAAUGAAUAAUCUGAUUAAACAGCGUCGUAAACAAGCAAACUAUUGA